GCUAUCACUCCAGGUUGUCGAACAUCGCAGACAACAUGUCGUCCGCCUUUUUCUACGGCACCUUGUUGCACCCAACCAUCCUGACGAAUGUCAUAGGCAACGAUGGUGGGCAUCUUGAACUCUGUCCAGCCGUUCUGAUGGACCACACGCGGCACCACGUCAAACGAGCAGACUAUCCCGCCGUUCUUCCUUACGCGAAGAGCAAGCAAAUGUUCGAUCGUGAUCUAAACUACGAAGAGCGAUCGGUUCGCGGGACCUUGGUCAUUGGCUUGACCGAAUCUGAUAUCCGCUUGUUAGAUCUGUUCGAAGGCAAUGAAUACGAACGUACACCGGUGUUUGUGCACCCACUGGCACCAUUCUUAACUUUGCCAUCUAGCGUUGUCCCCACAAGUGAGGCCCAAUUAUCGGUUGCGCCGCCGACAGCUCCUCCUCUUCCACUCCCAUCUGAGCUUGCAGAGGCGGUUCCAGCAGAAACAUACAUCUGGAUUGAUAAGGUCACGUAUCUGGAUGCGAAGCUCUGGUCGUACGACGACUUCAUCAAGGAAAAACUUCAUAAUUGGGUCGGGAAGGACAAUGAGGAGUACAAAGAGGUGCAGAGAAGGAUAGAGAUGCAAGGAAACAUCGUUCGGGACUUCUCAGAGUAGAUUAGAUUAGAUGAGAUCCGGCUCCUUACCGUUUGAUAUGAUGUCAGUACGUGACACAUUUCCCCCCCC